GCUAGAUCGGGGGGAUCCCGAGAAGCAGUGUGUAAAAUAAAACCUAGUAUUCAGAACUUACUGGGGCGACUUGUGACGGUUCAUACCUACCUGCAGAAUUAGCUGCUGAAUUCCUUUUAUCUUCUAUCAUUCUUCAUCAAAGGAAAAUUAACCCGAGCAAACCAGGACAACGAGCAAGUUGGAUUCCGUGGAAUAUCUCUGCGAUUUGGUUGCUGCUGCUGCUGCCAGCAGAUGAAAGGAAGAAUGAUUUCCCAAGGAGAAAACAAACGGUCUCAUUUUUACUCUUUUUUACUGGUCUCUAUUAUCCCUUUGGUGAAGGCAGAAUAUUCAAGUUGUGGAGAAAAUGAGUACUACAAUCAGACCACUGGAAGCUGUCAUAUCUGCCCUCAGUGCCAAGUUGGAGAGGAACCAUAUCUGACUUGUGGAUAUGGAACCAAAGAUGAAAACUAUGGCUGCAGUCCCUGUCCAUCUGGCAAGUUCUCUAAGGGUGGAUACCAGAUCUGCAGGAGACACAAAGACUGUGAAGCCUUCUUCAGGGCGACUGUCUUGACGCCUGGCACAGCUGAGAGUGACGCUGAGUGUGGAGCUUGUCUACCUGGUUUCUACAUUCUGGAGAACAGACCCAAGAACAUCUAUGGCAUGGUCUGCCACUCCUGUUUGACUGCACCUUCCAACACAAAAGAAUGUAUGGGGACAACUGCCAGCAGUUCGGGGAGCUCCACCAGUUCUUCUUCCACAAGCACGACAACCAUCUUCUCUCACGCCCAUAAAGCAGAUCUAGCUGGACAAGGACACCUGGCUACUGCUCUUAUCAUCGCAAUGUCCACCAUCUUCAUCAUGGCCAUCGCUAUAGUUUUAAUCAUCAUGUUCUACAUACUGAAGGCAAAACCCAACUCUCAAGCAUGUUGUUCUACUCAUUCAGUGAAGACAGUGGAGGCGCAAACCAACAAGCAAGAAGACAAAAAAGAAGUACCAGAAAAUGUGGUGAUUUUCACAGAGAAAGAUGAAUUUGACAAGCUCAAACCAAAUCCUCCCAAAACAGUCAAAAAUGAAAAUGAUGCUUCAUCAGAAAAUGAGCAGCUCUUAAGCCGAAGCAUAGACAGUGACGAGGAAGCAGCUUUGGAAAAGCAAGGCACCACAGACUUAUGCCUCCUGUCUUUAGUUCACCUCACCCGAGACAAGUCAUCUUCAACAAACAGCAAGUCUACAGGGAUACAAAGUCGAAGGAAGAAGAUAUUGGAUCUUUAUACUAAAGCUUGCUGCAUUGCUGAAGGUCUCAGUCCAACUGAGUUGCCCUUUGACUGCCUGGAAAAAACCAGCAGGAUGCUGAGCUCAACGUACAACACAGAGAAAGCCAUUGUGAAGACGUGGCGCCACCUAGCAGAGAGCUUUGGGUUGAAAAGGGAUGAGAUCGGCGGCAUGUCAGAUGGCAUGCAACUGUUUGACCGCAUCAGCACGGCUGGGUACAGCAUCCCAGACCUGCUGACCAAACUGGUGCAAAUUGAGCGGCUGGAUGCGGUGGAGUCCCUGUGCACGGAUAUUCUGGAAUGGGCAGAAAUAACACCCGCCAACAGCCCUUCCAUCUCGUCGCGCUGUGCCAGCGUGUGAGCACUUCCUCUGAACCUACCCAUUAUAAAAUGAAGAAUAUUCUCCUUGGGACUUGGAAGUGGAAAGACAACCUGUGCUGUGAACUGGAUUUUCUUUGAAGAAGACUCUUCCAGAGCACCGGUGUUCAAAAUUAUAAAUCAAUAGCUGAAGCAAAUUUUUCACUUAACUUUUAAGAACCCUAAUGAAGCAGGCUGCUGGACAUUCUGCUAAGAAUAACCUUGAGGUGUUUUCCAUUAAGUAGGUCCUUUACAAUGUUUUUGAUUUUUUUUUUUUUUAUGUAUUGUUACGAGAGACGAGACACCCAGAGAAUCACAUAGAGAGGAUUCUGACCUCUCCAAGAUAAUUUAUUAAGGACAUAUUAAGAGUGAAUGAGCACAGCGUAUUUUUUGUUUUUGCCAGGGCUCCCUAUCAGUCGUGCCUUACUUGACAUUCUGGUGCAAAUCAUUUUUGAACCCUGGCAUGGCUUUUCAUGCUCAGUACAUGCAUAGUAAACUUAAUGUGCACCCGUAGUCAGGAAUGCGAUUAAACCAUUUGGAAUAAAAACUUCCCAGGGUGCAGGAACAGAGCUUUAACUUGGUGCAGUGAGCGAGCUUUUUGUUGUAGUUUCUCCCAUCAUCUCCGACAUAUCAGAUUUCGAGGAUCAUUAUUGUCACAUGUAAAGAGUGAAAUUCUUACUAAUCACCACUUGUGUCCUCCCACAUCCCAGAGAUGUUCAUAUUAGGUCAACAUGACGAGAGUAAAGCCGGUGGCACAUAACACAGCUUCUGGUCGGAGGCGAUGUCAAACUUGACAACCGCAGUUGCUGAUCUCGUCACCUGAGGAUGUCAAGUUAUCCAUUUGGAAUCAAUCGUAGGGCAUGACAAAUUAUGUGACUCUGUGAUGACUUUCCGGGCCUGUUUCACAUUUCCAAAGCGAACUCGCCCAUAAAGUGCUGCCAGAUGGUGCUGUAAGAGUGCUUUCCAGAUAUGAUGGGUUCAGCCACAAAAUCAGCCCCCUUUGUUUGUUUUUUUUUUUGUUUUGCUUUUCAUUCUGUCAUGGUACAUAAAACACAAGACAUCACACAGGCAGGCCUCUCCUGUUUUUGAACAGACCUUGGUUGUCAGCUCUUGCGUGUCCUAUGGCACAAAAAGCGACGAGUUGCAAACUGAGCUGCUGGAGCUGUCAAACCGCACAACUGGUAAUCACGAGAGCGUGCCGCCACUGCCUCCAUCUCACUAAGAACAAAGUCUCUGACUGAAAAAUCAUGCGGUGUGACAGGGCUUUGGGUGACGGUGUGUAUCUGAGUGGACUAACAUACAGGGUUAUGUACUGUCUGCUACCUGAUACUGCCAAGGUAUACUGCGUCAGCUUCACACAGUCCUGAAACAAAUGAGUUUCAAACGGGAGGACUUGCUUAAGCUAAGAAGAUGAGGAAAAGAAAUGCUCUGCAAAGCUAAUUGCCUGAUCACUAAACUCUUAAUGAGUGCUACUUGAUUUGAAAUUCCGUCAAAGAAGUAGAUGACUGCAUUCAUUUCUGAGUCGAAUGGAUGUUUACAGUGGGACUAAAAAUUUCUACCAUUUCUAGUUCCUACUCAAAAUUGAAAGGGCAAUGUCGCGCACAGUGCAAGGCAUUGGCAUGUACAGUGGAUUCAAAUAAUAUAUUCUGACUUUUUCACUUUCUGCACACUUUAUUGCAUUGUAGAUUACAUUUUUAAUAGAUGUAUUUGCCAUCUUUGCCUAUUAAUCUACAUUCAAAAAUCAAUCAUUUCAAAGUGAAAAUGUGUUUUCAGAAAGGUUUGCAAAAUUUAUUAAAAAUCAAAACCUGAAAUCUCUCAUCGGCAUUCAGACCCAUAAUUCUUUGUCAGCGAUUCCAGCUUUGAGUCUUAUUGGUAAGUCUCUACACACUGUGUACUCCUGGAUUUGGGCCAUUGAUCCCAUUUGUCCUUUAGAUUGGAUAGGAAGUGUCUGUCAACUGCCGUCUUCAGCUCUCUCCGCUGAUGUUCUAUGGCAGCGUUUCUCAACCUUUAUGAAUUUGAGACCCGAGUUUUCAUAACAGUUUUAAUUGCGCCCCCCCCCAACGU